AUGAGGGCAGAAAUUAUAAUCAUCUUCCUACAUAACCUAUUUGGUGGGCCGAUAAGUAACGACGACCGUCGAUCAAAAGCUCCUCGAAUGUUUAUGUACACAACAGUAGUCUUUGGUGUAAGUGUAGCACUGUUCACGCUUUGUAUGUUAGAUCUACCCAAAAUUCUGUACCAACGAGACCUGGUGUUAAGUGUUAUCGAUUUGCUAAUGAUGCUUGGAAUAGCGGCCACAGUAUUCACUAUUCAAACAUCCACCCUUGUGAAGUGUUUGCAUAAGCCAAAGGUAUCAAUUUUCCGGUGCCUUGAAGAUAUCGAUGGCCAUUUGUACACACUAAAUAUGCGCCGUGAUCCUGGCCAAAGUUUUUCGUCAAACUGUGCUAUAAGUUUCAUCGGGGCAAUUAUCAUAUCGUUUGGCUAUCUGCUAGCAAAUGUGUUGCGUAUCGAUCGAUCAAAUGGAUUGGUUUUGGGAUUUAAGGUGUACGGAUUGUUUGUGAUAUUUCUCAUGCACGGACUGUUUCUUGUGUUUAGUUACCAAAUUCUGAAGCGAAUUCGGUACAUGGUGAGACAUAUGGAGAAAAUGAUUGCUACCAUCACACGCCACAAUGCUCAAACGACAAGUGUAACGGAGUAUGUUAGCAUGCGAUGUUGCAGAGAUCUAAGAUCAUUGGCCACUGUACAAAUGCUGUGCUUCCGGGCAGUUAACCGUUUAAAUGAGGAAUGUGGUUUGCCCAAUGUUACCAUCUUCGGAAUGUUUUUCUACGUUCUCACUGCGAAAAGCUUUCAACUGUUCUACGUGUGCUCGAUCGAAUUCAAACAGCACGGAUUUCAAUUUACUCAUACACUAGAACCCACUGUAUUACUAACGGCAACCUUUUUGUACUUUUCCGCUGCUACCUAUCUUGGGGAGUUGGUACUAAGAGAGACACAGCUCGUGAUAAAUAAUCUACACAAAUUUGAGUCCAUGCUUUCAAUCAUACAACAAAAGCUAAACCAAUCAGAGCUGGUCGAACAGUUUGGCAAUCAAAUUAUGCACCAACCAAUAUGCUUCACCGUAAUGAACUUCUUUCAAAUAGAUCUCAAAUUUUUCCAUCUGGUUAUGGCAUCUGUCGGAACGUAUCUGAUAAUAUUGUUGCAGUUCGAUUUUCAAAAUUAG